AUGGGGAAAGCUGCGAGUGAAGAGUUUGAAGAAAUGAUUGAAGUCAAGUGCUACACAGAAAGCACAAAGAUUUAUACAUAUUUGGACAUCAUCACGGACAAAUUCUGGUGCUCAGGUGGAUCUUGGUACUGCUGCAUAAUGGGUUACAAAUCAACAUCAGUGCACUGUGUCUUAAGAAUCCUCUGCUUCACACUUCUCCACUUACUUAGUUCAGCACAAGAUGAAGACAUAAGAAGUUGUAGGACCGCUCCUUUGGGGACAGCAACAGAGGAGGCAGAGUUGAGGGACAUCGCUAACAAGCCAUCAUCGACAUACGUUUUUUCUGUGGAGGACUACAAGGCCAUUUCCAGGAUCAUACAGGUCAUCAGGCAAAAAUUGUGUGAAGAGACUGUGUGCCCAGUAAAGAUUCCUGUUGAUUCACGAGAUGAAAAGGGCUUUGAUAUUCUCUUGCAUUUAAAUCUUGCCAAAAAAGCCAAGAAGACCCAAGGGGCGUUUUAUGGUUCCAAAGCCUAUGAAGUGACAUCUCGAGUUGACCUCAGUACAGCAACAAGGGACCUGUUUCCUGAUGGACUUCCACCGUCAUAUGUUUUUGUGUCCACGCUUCGAUACAAAGGAUCAGUCACCAAGGAGGAGUGGGACUUAUGGAGGAUCCAGACGCGAAAGGGCAACCCUCAGAUGGCUGUGACCUUAAAUGGAUAUGAGCGAACAGUGUCUUUCACAACAACCAGUGAGGCACCGACUGGAACUCAAACUGUUACAUUCUCUCAGCAGACCGCCUGGAAACUGUUUGAUGAGAAGUGGCACCAGUUGCGUCUGCUGGUCACUGAGGAGGAUGUGACUCUUUAUGUGGACGAUAUGGAAAUUGAAACCCUCCCUUUAGAGCCCCCAGUUGGCAUCUUCAUCAACGGAAAAACACAAGUCGGAAAAUACGUCCAGAAAGAAUCCACCGUGCCAUUUGAAAUUCAGAAGCUGCGUAUCUACUGUGACCCUGAGCAGAACACCAGAGAAACAGCCUGUGAAAUACCUGGAGUUUGUUCCAACAGCCCUGAUGCUGAGCCAACUGACAUGCCUUGUAUCUGCCCUCCUGGCCCAGCUGGAUUUCCGGGUUCUAAGGGCCAACAAGGCAAUAUGGGUGAGCCUGGUCAACCUGGACCUGCUGGUGCUGAUGGUAAGCCUGGGGUUCCUGGUGUGAGAGGGAGUCCCGGGCUGCCGGGUCCGCCAGGGGCAGGGGGACCACGCGGCCAAAUGGGGUACAAAGGGGAACCAGGGAUUCCAGGUGUUAUGGGAGAAAGAGGUAUUCCAGGACUACCUGGACAAACAGGGAAACAAGGAGAAAAGGGGUCACAGGGAUCCCCUGGAAUUUCUGGGUUUCCAGGAAAGACUGGCCAAAUGGGAGAAAAGGGAAAUAUGGGACCUCCCGGGCCAUCAGGUUACCCAGGAAAAACUGGCCCACAAGGCAGAGAUGGAAAGGAUGGACUUCCAGGAAUACAAGGAGAUAAAGGAGAAGUAGGAAUAAGUGGUAUUCCUGGAAAUGAUGGAAGACAAGGUCACCCAGGGAUUCCUGGAUUGCCAGGAAACACUGGUAUGGAUGGACUAAAGGGAGAAGCUGGGUCUCCUGGUCUCAGGGGUUUUCAAGGAUCAGUUGGACCACCGGGUGAGAUGGGUUUACCUGGUCCACCUGGUUUACAAGGACUACAAGGAAAUAAGGGGAAUAAAGGUGAAAAUGGAAACCCAGGGAUACAGGGUGCUCCAGGAUCACCGGGAAGCACUGGUGUUCCCGGAAGAUCAGGUCAAUCAGGACACCCAGGCAUGCAUGGAAUAAAAGGCAGUAAGACAAAAGCUGUCAAUCACUUUACCUCCUGGGCAGAGGGGCAAAGAGGAAAUUCAGGCGAAAGAGGUGAGAUGGGAAUAAAGGGUGAAAAAGGAGAGCAUGGACCACCAGGCAAUAAUGGCAUGACUGGUCCAGUUGGAGUCAAAGGCGAACAAGGGGCAUCAGGAGAGCCGGGGCAGAGGGGUCAUGAUGGUCAGAUGGGACGUCCAGGACAGCCAGGUCAGGCAGGGACUCCUGGCCCUCGUGGAAUACAGGGGGACACAGGUCCUCAAGGCCCACCAGGCCCUGCAGCACGGCCUGUCACUGAAAUGUCAGAAUCACAUAUUCGCCAAAUUUGCAGAGACAUUCUUCAAUCUGAAUUACCCCAGCUUUUGAUAAGCGAUCAACGAAGAAGCUGCUCUUCAUGCUACAACCAGCCUGGAUCUCCAGGACCACCAGGACCAAUUGGGCCUCAAGGACUGAGAGGUCUUCCCGGAUUCAGUGGUGCAAGGGGACAACCAGGACAUCCUGGUCUCCCGGGACACCCAGGGGCCAAUGGUCUUAAAGGUGAGUCGGGGUUCAAGGGUGAAAAAGGCAGCACUGGUCGAACAGCUGUUGGAGAUCCUGGUCAACCUGGGCCAACAGGCCCAACGGGCCCCUCUGGCUACGGCAAACCAGGCACUCCAGGAAAAACUGGACCUCCUGGGCGAGAUGGAUUGGAGGGUAAAAGUGGUAACCCCGGCGUCCCGGGCCAGCCUGGUGUAUGUGACCCGUCCAUGUGCUAUGGAAGUAUGAUGAGGCGUGAUCCUUACAGCAAAGGUCCCAACUAUUGA